AUUUGUUGUUUAAUAAUUAAGUGUCUCAAAAAUGAUGUUAAAGUUUAUUCAACAAAUAAAUAAUACAGGCAGAGUUUGUUAUUGCACUAAAAACGUGUCAAAGAAUAAAAUCUACAGCAGUACAGUGCUUUUACCAAAAACUAACUUCCCGUUGAGGUUAGAAAAUAAAAAAUUAGUUGAAAGGGACGAAUAUAUUUACAAAGCUACGGAAUUUGAAAAUUUAUACUCCUGGCAAAGAAGCCAUUUGUACGAACCAGAAUUUGUAUUGCACGAUGGACCUCCUUACGCAAAUGGCCAGCCACAUAUGGGACACGCAAUUAAUAAAAUACUGAAAGACACGAUUUUAAGAUAUCACAUUUUGAACGGCAACAAAGUGCAUUACGUACCAGGUUGGGACUGUCACGGGUUGCCGAUAGAACUGAAGGCAGUUUCUAACUCAAGCGGGAUGGACGCCAUUGAAGUGCGAUUAAAAGCGAGAAAUUUUGCUAGUAAGACUGUGAAAGAACAGAGAGCGGUGUUCAAGUCAUGGGGAGUUAUUGGUGAUUAUAAAAACGCUUACAUGACUUUUCGCCCGGAAUAUGUGAAAAUACAGUUGCGGCUGUUCUAUAAAUUGUACAAAAAGAAUCUUAUUUAUAGGGAUAUUAAACCAAUUUACUGGUCAUCGUCUGCAAGGACUGCUUUAGCAGAAGCCGAAUUAGAAUAUAACGAAAGCCAUAAGAGCCCCAGUGCGUAUGUGAGAUUUAAGGUAAAAGACAUUCCAAAACUGAAAACGCUUAAAGAUAAACAAGUUUAUGCAAUAAUUUGGACAACAACUCCUUGGACGUUGCCUUCGAAUCAAGCUUUGUGUUACAACGAGACGUUAUCGUACAGUUUAGUUAAAAAACCCGAUCCCCUCGACACCGAUAUUUACAUCAUUGCAACUGAUUUACUCGAAAGUGUAUCUUCAGUGUUAAAUUGUGACUUUCAGCUUCUAAAUGUUUUAUCGGGAGAUUUACUGGCAGGCGCAACUUACACACAUCCCAUUUAUCGAGAAAAGGUACUUCCGUUUUUAAAUGGACCUCACGCAACCGCGACAAAGGGAACUGGUCUCGUGCACACCGCCCCGGCCCACGGUCCUGACGAUUUCAUAGUAGCACUGAAUAAUAGAAUGUCAGUGGUGGACAUGGUGAACGAGGAGGGUUGUUACAGAUCAGAAGCGGGAUCCGAACUUGAGGGGAAAUACGUUCUGUCGGAGGGAACGGAGAAGGUGCUAGAACUUAUAAAGCCCGAUCUGAUGAAUUUAGGAGAGAUAACUCACAGUUACCCAUACGAUUGGCGGACCAAGAAACCUGUGAUAAUUAAAGCUAGUCGGCAGUGGUUCAUUGACACUAACGCCAUUAAAGGUAGAGCGCUAGAAUUGUUAGAGGAUGUGAAAAUAGUUCCUCACGAUAAAAGUGAAAAGUAUAAAAAAAAUCUCAUGACGCAGAUACAAAAGAGGCCCUAUUGGUGCAUUUCACGUCAGAGGAAGUGGGGGGUUCCCAUUCCAGUGUUUUAUAAUAAAGACACUUCAGAGAUAAUAAUAAACGAAGAUACGACAGACCACUUGUGCAACUUACUGGAACAACACGGUACAGACUUCUGGUGGAAACUGGACAUGAAACACUUACUACCGGAAAACUUAUGCUCCACGCCACCCGAACUCAUAGAGAAAGGAGAAGACAUCAUGGACAUAUGGUUCGACAGCGGCAUAUCCUGGGCUGUAGCACUAGAAGGCGAAAAAGUGGCGGACCUUUACUUAGAAGGCGUCGACCAGUUCACCGGAUGGUUCCAAUCGUCCCUGUUGACUUCGGUUGCUCUUCGGGAUAAAGCCCCUUACAAAACCGUAUACGUGCAUGGUUUUGCCGUCGACGAAAACGGCGUGAAAAUGUCAAAAUCGCUUGGGAAUGUCGUCGAUCCCGCGGAGAUCACCGGCGGAAAGAAGGGGAAGAAACCUUACGGCGUGGACACUUUGAGGUGGUGGGUGGCCUGCCAUGCAAACCAAGCCUCUCUAGCUCACGUCAGCCCCACUGCGUUACAAUCGAGCGCGGAAGAGGUUCAGAAAAUCAGGAGCGUCCUCAGGUUCGCACUGGGCACUUUGGCUGAUUACCAGCAGUCGGAGAACGACGGGAAUAACCUUUUAUUAAUCGACAAGUACAUGCUACAUCUCUUAUAUCAAUUUCACAAACAGGUCACGGAGGCAGCGAACGAGUACCAAUUCCACAAGGUCUCACACGCGGUGAUAAAUCUUUUAACGAAUGAAGUGUCUGCAUUGUAUUAUAUGGCGAUUAAGGACCGUUUGUACUGCGACGGGGUUGACAGUACGACGAGACGUGCGGCUCAAUACACUCUGACGCAAAUUUUCGAGAUCGUGACUCGGUCUAUCGCUCCAAUAGUGCCUCAUUUGGCAGAAGAAAUGUACCUGCAUCUACCGCAGAGGGAGAAGACGUAUUUCAGAAGCGCGCACGCCAUACCCGCUUCGGAGUGGGAAGACGAGGGGGUGAACGGACUGAUGCGGACGAUUUUAAGGAUCAAACGGGACGUUAACAAGGAAUCGGGGACUGGUACCGCCCACGUCGAUGUAUCGCUUCUUUUUUCAAAAAAAUUUGUCGGUUUCAUGAAGGUAAGAGGCUUACGUUUACUUUUUAAUCGACGAAAUUGAGCUUCCGCUUAUGUUUCGUUAAAAAUAUAAAUUUUUAAACACGAAUCCACUUGCGUUUCGUAAAGAACUGAAAGAUGUGUUCCGACCAUAGACGGGGGACAAUGAAAGGUUCGAUUUGACAUAAAAUUGUUUUAACUUCGUAUUGGUGGACGAUUUUAAAAAAGGGGACAAAAAAGUUAGGUUCUUAAGAUCGUGAAU